AUUCAUACAGUACCCGUGCAAUUAUAACCACUGACAUGUUAACGAUAUAUCUAGUUUGUUUGUCAUACUUGUUGAUUGCAGCUGGCCCCGUGCGAUGCAAGCCUGAUUACUUGUACGACAGUGAAGUGCAGGGCUGGCUCAAGCUUCACGUGAUUCCAGCAACGUGGGAGCAAGCGUUUUUGCGCUGUCACUAUGAAGGAGCAGUGCUGGCGUCUCCACUUAACGAAGAGCUGACCAAAGCUCUUCACUCAACAAUGACAAAAUUUGGUAUCAAUCGUCGCAUCUUCUUGGGAACUAGUUUAUUGCUCUCCAAUGGCGACUUCGUUUCAAUAGAAGGCGUUCUACUGUCUGACCAGGAGAUACAGUGGAGCCCACAAGGGCCCGACCCAGGACAAUGCCUCACCAUGGCCAUCUCUGGCAGCGAGCACUACAUGUAUACCGCGUCAUGCGACGACCAACUACCCUACAUAUGCUAUAGAAAUCAUGACAACAGUACUUUAAAUGAAUGUGGCACAUUUGAUAACAAAUACCACUACAAUCAGAAGACUGGCAGUUGUUACAAAGUCCACUACGAGAAACACACCUGGUACCGCGCGAAUAUGAUCUGCUUUGCGGAGGGAGGUCAUCUCGUCAUCCUGAAUGAUGACGUGGAGGCAAGCAUCGUCAAGGAUAUGUUUCCCAUUCGUACCGAUAACACGACGAAUUUAUGGGAGCAAAUCCACAUCGGUCUAAAAGCCUGGGACGACCGCAUAUGGUUUACCAUUCACGGUGAUAAAAUAGACGAUGUGUACAACCAAUGGGCUGCAGGACAACCGGACAAUAAGAUGGGCACACAAAAUAUUGGGACUAUCCUUCGGACUGGCCAGUUGGAUGAUGCAAAUCCUCUCAAACGGAACAUGUUUGUUUGCGAGAAAGCAGCUAAUAAAAUACGCUUCGAAUCUCCAACAUUACGAUGGAAUGAGUUAAUUGUACCUUUUGGAAGAUCUACACAGAAAUAAUAAAGAAAACCUUCUACUAAAA